GCAACCCGGGAUCUAGUUUGGGAAACCCCGUGUGUCACGUGACACCCUGCGGCGCGCUCGCUCCGCUGUGCACCUGCAGAGAGCCGAGGAAGAGGAGGAGGAGAAGAAGGAGGAGUGAGAGAGUUUGGAUGCUUCAGUCGACCCGGACCGACGCUUUUUCACUCGAACUCAACACAAGUUCUCCCACCAAGUUUCCCUGAAGAAGUGUUGGAGUAGCUGGAAGAGUAAUGGAGCUGUCGAUAGCUCGGUUCUGCUGGGUUCUGUUGAGCCUCUUCGCAGGUUUGGCAUCUGGUCUUGAGAUCACAUCUACGGGGCCCACAUCCAUAGAGAAGGCCAGCGGUCAGAGUGUGAAGCUGGACUGCCAGUUCUCUCUAGCCCCUGAGGAUUCUGGACCGCUGGAUAUUGAAUGGAGCUUGUUGUCCUCCGACAACCAGAAAGAGGACAAAGUGGUGAUCCUGUACUCAGGCGACAGGUCCUACGAGGACUACUACCCCCAAAUGAAGGGUCGAGUCCACUUCAACUCAGCUGACCCCAAGAACGGCGACGCCUCCAUCAACCUAACGGGGCUGAAGUCGGCGGACUCGGGGACCUACCAGUGUAAGGUGAAGAAGGCCCCCGGUAUCCGCAGCAGGAAGAUGUUGCUCAUCGUCAUGGUGAAGCCAUCCAAGCCCAGGUGCUACGCCGAAGGCCCCACACAGGAAGGCAAAGACAUUGUGCUGAGGUGCAUAUCGAACGAGGGCACCACUCCUCUGCAAUACAGCUGGUUCAAGACCAGCGACAGCCAGCUGCUGCCCAGCUCUGCUGUGCUCGAUCCAGUGGGAGGCACCAUUAACGUGAAGAACGCAUCUGCCAGCGCAUCUGGCACCUACCGCUGCACUGCCACCAACCGUGUUGGCACUGAGGAAUGUAUACUGUAUAUCAGCGUGAAACCUGCUCCCAACACGGCAGGCAUCAUCGCAGGAGCCAUAAUUGCUGUGCUCCUGAUCCUCCUCAUCAUCGCCAUCAUCCUCUUCUGCUGUUGCCGUGCCCGCCACAGGAAGAAGUACGAGAAGGAAAUCUGCAAUGAGAUCAGAGAGGACGUGCCGCCUCCUAAGAGUCGCGUAUCAACGGCGCGCAGCUUCACCGUGGGCAGCCAGCGCUCCUCCCUGGGCUCCAUGUCGCCCUCCAACCUGCACGAGUACGGCCUGAAGCCCCAGUACGACAAGAUCCCCUCAACAGAGGACUUCGAUAGGCCUCCUAGCCACGCCCCUCUGCCUCCGCCCAACGCCGUCAGGAUGGCCGGCCCCAACCUCAGCCGCAUGGGGGCCAUCCCCGUCAUGAUCCCUGCCCAGAACAGGGACGGCUCAAUCGUCUAGCCCGCCCUCUUCUCGAGAAGGGGGCCUUGCACCGAGGGGGAGGGAACGGUGGAAUGAAGUAGGACACAAGCCAAUGAAGAUGGAGCAAGAGCUUGGACGGGCUCACUGGCCUGACUUAUAGCUCUUCGUUAUUUACAAAUGGGAGUAUCCUCCUCUUAUGAAGACCUGGCUCUGCUGUGGUGCUGAGAAGAGAGUUGUACUGGAAUCACAACAGAGCACAUUAACUUUUUAUCAAAUACAAAUACAAAAAAAAAACUUUUAUGAAUUUUACUUCCUGGACUUUCUCACUGAAAAAUGAAUUGGUGUGGAUAUAAAGCAGAAUGGUCAAUAUACAAAUUAUAUUGUACAUAAGUGAAUGCAUGUUUUUUUUUAUAUAGAUGGCCCUUGCUGUAGAGAUACUGUAUGUUCAAAACAGAUCCAGGCCCCUAAUUGGCCAGCUAUACAGCUGUAUGCAUGCAUCUAUGUAUAAAAUUACAGCUGUAUGUGUGUGUGAAUAUAAGUGUAUGUUUGUGAAUGGGAGUGUGGAAAAUGUGUAGUCCAUUUAUCAUCUUUUAAUGCCUACAUAACAGUGAUUUGUCAGGCAACCCAGUCUCUACUAGUUUCUGACAUUUUUAAUUCCAUAAAUUUAUUGUUAAACGAGACUUUCUGACCUUUGGAAAAAUCGAAAGACAGACUUGUUAGAAGAAAAUUCACAGAUUUGAAUUAAUCCUUCAGUUUAGUUGAAAAUUGUCUAUUUAGGUCAGCCGUUUUUCUGUUGUUUGAAUUGUCCAGUCUGGGUCUGGGUGAGGGGGCUGAAGUGGACAGGAUUGGCUGAUGGUGAGGGGGAGGUUCAGGCCACCACAUCUUGUGAUUGGGUGGAUUAUUGCUUCUUGACCGAGCUUAAAAAACAAUACUUCUCCUCCAGAGAUCUUAGAGGAGGUAGCAUAUAGGGAAAUAAGGGGGGGGGCGUCUGGACAGCGAGGUUCACUGAGCAAUCGGCUUUGAUUGUGUUUGACUGUCAACAGGCCCCUAACCUCUGUGACCACUAGAGCAUGUAGACCUCCCCAACACACAUACACCAUAUUAGCAGUACAAAGGCACCAAGUCUUAAUUUAUCAUCUGCAGUAUCGGUCACCCCCUCUCAAAUAUAUGGGGCAUAUGUAAUCCUCGGUAUUGCAGUCGCAUUACAAGGAGCCAAUAUCUUGAUUAACCUUCUCUCUGCGGUCAGUGUAAAACCUUUCAUGGCUUCUGUAGCGUUAAUUGGACUUUUUAAUGAAGGAUGUGAAGCCUGUCUCCAUGAAGAAAGUGCCCACAAAGAGGAACAAAUGAGAAAAUACUGAAUAAGAAUGCUGAAUUGUACUGCUCUGCAUCCACUUUACAACCACUUUGGUUUGAGUCCAUUGUGCAGUCUCUCAGUGCUGGAUAAUAUAAAUGUUCGUGUAGGUCAGUCAUUGUUUGUGGGUUAUUCUACUCUUAUGCUGUGUUCAGACCAAGAGCGAAGCAAAUUCUUUUUUACGUACGUCGCGUCAUUUCGCAAUCGUUAAGAAAUUUGUGUGACGAUGUGUCGCAAAAGCCUAUCAGCGUUGAGAUUCUCCUCCUCAUUGAAUCAGAAAUGGAGGAAAAAAUAUUGUAAACAAACAACAACAACGUCGCUGCGGUAUUUAUGCCUAAAUGACUUUUUCGUGAGUGUUGAUGGAGCAGCAGCAUAGCCUGGCACCGAUGGAUCCGAACUCCAUUCAGAAAACAAGCAUUUUAAAGUUGUUUGUUUGUCGUCUUGCGGUCAGACCUUUUACAAAUCGGCAAUUACAAUUAAAUCACAGCACAAUCUGUUUAUUUUGAGUUCAUAUCGACGUGUGGCUUGCUAGAUACAGUCAGUGCAAUGGCACUGUAUGUGAAUAAAAGCUCGCCGCCGGGUGAUGUUAUGAACCCAGACACGACGUUUUCUGAUAUAGCUGUGACUUCCACAACAUGUACAAAGCAGCAACAGUGGUUCUUCCUUCCAUGGUUGAUGGCGGAAAGAAAAGAUGUUGAUAUCUAUGAAGACAAGCUCCUUCUCCUCUUCAUUCGCAUCUUGUGCGAAUGAAAACAAAUGAUACCGGCGGUACUUGCACGAGUAAAGCGAGGCGAAAAUUGGCUUCACUCUUGGUGUGAACACGGCAUUAAACCAUGCCCGUUCUUCCAUUGUUUGCAAACAUGUUUGGAAGCCCCAACAUCUCAUCUUGUCCCAGUAUGAAUACUUGGAGUGGGCAAACAGUGUUUCUUUUUACUCCGACGCCUUAUUCUAUUCUUUGUUGUAGCCUUACACGCCCACCCUCAGUUCACCUCUGCACAGCUGGAUUCUAAUAACUUCUAUUGUGCCUUGUUGCCCCAGUUGAGUUGUGUCGUAGCACAUCCGCCAAUGUGUGCUGUGCUAUGUGCAGUAGCGUCAUCCCGAAUGGCCACCAUAGCCCGCAGCCACUAGAACAAUAUAAUAAUCAGUACACAGUGAGCCUAUUGAUUGUUUCCUGUUGCCUCGAUCAGGUCAUGUCUAGGAUUUCCCACACCGCAUACAAAUCCCCCCACAGCUUAACAAAACCUGUCUUAAAAGCUUUGAUUUUGUAUUCCAAAACAUGACUUCAUGUUUUUUUUUAACUUUAUUUAAGUAAAUUGAUGUGCUUUUAAAAAACAAAAAUAACAUUAAUGGUUCGGGCUGUAUGUAUAAUAUCCUGUCGAAGUAACCCUAUCUAAUCACAACACAGUUGAAUGAUAUAAAGAUGAUGUUUGUAUGUAUAUGUGAUGCUCUGCCGUGCUGUGCUUGGCGAAUCUAUAUCUAAAACAGAAGAGGAGGGGCGGUGUGGGUUGUCAGUACAGUAUAAAUGCUCCCUAGUGUGAUUUCUGGCAUUGUGUGGGUGAGUGUACUGUAAGUGUUUGUGUGAAUUCUGGGAUGUGAGGGGAGGUGACAGUUGUAGAAACAUCUUGGCCCUUGUACUUCCUGGCAGAUCUGAUGUCGCACCUAUUUUCUAACACCAAGGAAAGUGAGACCUGGGCCUGCCAAAACGAAGAAAUUACAUCUGUCACUUCCUCUUAAACACUACUCUGUAUGUGUGUGUGUGUGUGUCUGUGUGUGUGUGUGGGAGCAGGUAUCUUGUACAUGAAGGGAGUUUGCUGUCAGGAUGGGCCCCUGUAGAAUUCUAGUUCACCUGCUGACAAACUGUACAGAGCUCUUAGGGAGACGGUCCCGUUACCGUCCCACUAUGUGCUCAGAACAAUAACUACUAACAAUAUUAACCGUAGCUUUGAAAUCAGCGUACUAAUACUGUAUGGAGAUCUCCUUUGAGGUUUGCACACUGUGUGAAAACCAAUUUUUCUUUUUCUUUUUUUUGUGUGUGUAUUUUUGUGCUGUAUUUUUGAAUAAUAAAAGUCCAUGAAAUGAAGAAAGAA